CGCUGGCGGGUCACGUGCUCACAACAGGCUCACGUGUUUCGACGCAGCAGCCUUGGAGGAAGGAGUCAGAGAGAGAGAGAUGGGGGAGAGAGACGGUUUUUUUCGUCAUUAUGUGUUUGUUUGGAGGGCCGGCGCGCAGCACGCUGUGGGAUAUUGUUGGGAUGAAGGUGAACCGGCGGAUGGAGGCGAGUUUUAAGGAGACGAGGGGGCGGGGAUGAUUAAGAUGAUCUUAUUGCGCCUGCGCGGCAUCCACCCGCGGUGGGUAGAAGGGAUUCUUUUUUGUUUCCCCCGCCGGGAAUCGCCGAGUGCGGCGAAGCUCCUUCGGAAAAUGCAGGCGGGCGGGCGGGCUGUUUCUCUCACUCGCACCAGCGAGUAUUAUUAGUAUUGCUUUGUUAUUAGCACGUGCUGUUUACAGAUUGUUCUGUUUAUAUAUGAGCUGGCAAUAUACACAUAUACUUUAUAUAGCAUUGUUGCUGUUAUUUAUUAAAUUUAUUAGGCGGUGUUUUUCUGCCAUAGCAACUUAAAAUAUGUUAAGCGGAAAAACCACACAUACAUAUACAGUACAUUGAAACCAGCGUUUUAAAAAAUCAAUUGUGUUUUGUAAAGAUUGUUUUAUAUUUUUUCUUUAUUAUUUUUCUUUUUAGAGAGAAUCGUUUUUUGUUUCUUAUAAAUGAGUUUGAAUUUUAGUCUUUUAAAAUGCUAAAAGAAAAUUCAAUAAAAUUGCUAUAUAUCUAAAAAAGAAACCAUAAUUUUUUAAAAAAUCUAGGAGGAUCUAAAACAAUUACAAUAAUUUUAUAGAAUUGUGCAGUAUUGUAUUAUAUUUGUUACUUUUGCAUCCUGCUUUUUCCUCAAAUGUAGCAUACAUAGUUCGCUCCAUUUAAUCCCUACAACAAGCCUGUGAGGUAGGUUGGGCUGAGAGUUCACGACUGGCCCCCAAGGUCGUUUAGUGAGCACGUGGUGCUACGGAACUUACCACCAACCUAAAGGUAAAGGGACCCCUGACCAUUAGGUCCAGUCGUGACCGACUCUGGGGUUGCAAUGCUCAUCUCGCUUUAUUGGCUGAGGGAACCGGUGUACAGCUUCCGGGUCAUGUGGCCAGCAUAACUAAGCCGCUUCUGGCGAACCAGAGCAGCGCACGGAAAUGCCGUUUACCUUCCCGCUGGAGUGGUACCUAUUUAUCUACUUGCACUUUGAUGUGCUUUCGAACUGCUAGGUUGGCAGGAGCAGGGACCGAGCAACGGGAGCUCACCCUGUUGCGGGGAUUCGAACCGCCGACCUUCUGAUCGGCAAGUCCUAGGGUCUGUGGCUUAACCCACAGCGCCACCUGCAUCCCACCACCAAUCUAGAUGGCUUUUAAAGUGGGUUAGACAAAUUCAUGGAGGAGAGGGCUAUCCAUGGGAACUAGCUAUGAUGGCUAUCAUCUGCCUCCGGCAGCAGCAAUGCUUCCAAAUACCAGCUGCUGGAAAUCGCAGGAGGGGAAAACGCUCUUGUACUGGGGUCCUGCUUUACGGAUUCUCCAUGGGGCAUCUGGUUGGCCACUGUGAGAAAAGGAUGCUGGACUAGAUGGGCCUUUGGGCCUGAUCCAGUAAGCUCUUCUUAUCGGCAUCCACAGCAGCUGAAACAUCUGAUUGUAGGCUUUGGAGAUGUCCAUAUGUGGGAUUUUGUUUUUAAGCUUCAAUGUGGGUUUCUAUUUAAUUUUAUUCUGUUCUAAGAGAUGGUGGAUGAACAGUGGAGGCUGGUCCAUUAGGGCAAAUGGGAUCUGCCCCACCAACCAUAUUCUGCUCUCAGCCAGCUCCCACCUGCCUGCCUUCUCUUUUGGAACCGGCUGUCAGUUUCCUCCUCCUCAGUUUCAGCAUUGCUCUUGUUGAACUCAGCAGGAAAGAGGAUUGGAAGAAACCUAUAAUUUGUUGGCUCUGCCUACUUGUUUGGGUUCCUUUCGUUCCACAGCCAUCAGUGAAGACCAGUGAACUGUGUUGUCCUUCCUCCCUACUUGUGCUUCCCGAAUAUUUUUCACAUUUACUGGAAGCGCAGAACUAUAUCCGAAGAUGCUGCUGGCAUACAAAGUGGACGAGCUGUUCCUGCAGCCUAUGCAUAUUAUACAUAGGCCUUCUAGGUGUAGAUUCAAUGCAGUGGUGUAGUUCAAACGAUGGGAACAUAGGAAGCUGCAUUAUACAGUGGGAAAGAGGAUUUUGGAAAUAUGUAGACCUUUGGUCCUGAUCCCCCUAAAGCUCUCUAGAGUCCGUGACAAGGACUCUCCAAUUAAGAAGAAUUUGGACUUGAUAUCCCGCCUUUCACUCCCCUUCAGGAGUCUCAAAGCACCUAACAAUCUCCUUUCCCUUCCUCCCCCACAACAAACACUCUGUGAGGUGAGUGGGUCUGAGAGACUUCAGAGAAGUGUGACUAGCCCAAGGUCACCCAGCAGCUGCAGGUGGAGGAGCGGGGAAUCGAACCCAUUUCACCAGAUUACGAGUCCACCGCUCUUAACCACUACACCACGCUGGCUCUCUUUUGGAAGACAAGGUGAGCCUGCUGGAUCAGACCAAUGGCCCAUGUAGUUCAGCAUCCUGUUCUCACAGUGGCAAGCCAAAUACAUGUGGGAAACCUGCAAGCAGGACACAAGUACAAGAGCACUUUCCCCUCCUAAGCUUUCUAGCAACUGGCAUGCCGAAGCAUUAUUGCCUCCGACCAUGGAAGGAGAGAAUAGCCAUUGUGACUAAUAGCCAUUGAUAGCCUUAUUGAACUUCUCCAGUCUUCCUUUAAAGCCAUCCAAGUUGGUGGUCAUCCCAGCCUCCUGUAGGAGCAAGUUCCAUAAUGUGCUUUCAUCUGUCCUAAAUAUUAACAACGUUCAGUUUCGUUUGAUGUCCGUAAGUUCUAGUGUUAUGAGGGAGAAAAACCUUUCUCUAUCCGCUUUUCCCGUCCCAUGCAUAAUUUUAUAAACUUCUAUCAUGUCCCAACCGCUGCUGUCUUUCCUGAUAGGGGAGUUGCUCCAUCCCCUUUAUCAUUUUGAUUGCUCUUUUCUUAACCUUUUCCAAUUCUGCAAUAACCUUUUUCAGGUGAGGCGACCAGAAGUAUACACAGCCUUGUUCUGGACCUCUGGACACCCACUUAGUUUAAGAGGAACAAUUGCAAUGACUGCUUAAAAUAUGAUUAUUUAUUACUGCAUUUAUAUUCUACCUUUCCUCCAAGGAGUUCAAGCUGGCACACAUAGUUCUCCAUCUCCUCAUUUUAUGCUCACAACAACCCUGUGAAGUAGGUAAGGUUAAGAGGCAGUGGCUGGCCCAAGGUCACCCUUUGUACUCUUAUAAUGGUGGCCAGUCUACAUUCUAUAUUGCCAUUAUAGUCAAUCACCAAGUCUGUAAUCAUAUUCUGCCAAUAAGCAGAAGUAUCAUCACUCUUAACCAUUUUUACAGAGAAAGAAAUGUUUUCUUUAAACGAUUGCACUGUUAUUUGACAGGCGUCAGAUGGUUUAAAUUUCUAAGUGACAAAUUUGAUGGUACAAAAGAUGCCAAUGCAGAUGACAUACAGCCAAAUACAAUUGGAAUUCGGGCUACACAGGGCAGCACCUGCAAGACACCAGAAAGAUCAGUUUUGACAGCUGUUAAGACUUCCCCAAAAAGUUAUAUGGCUUUAGUUUCAGGGAUAGUGAAUUCAUUUGCAGUUUUGACUCAGGUUUUGUCUCUUUAAUUUCAAAAGAUGCCAACAGGUAUCCCCUUUUGUUGAAGAUUCUCUAAAUUUCAUUUGGUGGGGGCGUUGUUAGAUACUCUUCUUUACAAGGGGCACUGAUCUCCAAAAAGAUGCUUUUGUUUUAUGUACAUGUUUUUCCCCGCAGUGAUGUAUCUACUGGUAAGAUAAAAAUAAUAUACUUAAUAUAUCUAAUUGAAUUAAUUUAAUAGUUAAUAUAACUAUUAUUAGUUAUAUUAAUUGCUUGCAUCCACCAAGACCUUGACUGCUGUUACAGCAGAUGAAUCUCAUGGGGCGUCCAGAGCACAGUCUAGUUCUGUUGUGUUGGAUGAAUUUCAGCUGGUAAGGCUCGAAAAUGUGGACAAGGUGCUCAGAUCAGUCAGGGCAAGCACUUGCGCUCUAGACCCUUGCCCCUCUUGGCUGGCAAAAACCAGCAGGGAAGGAACAGCUGGCUGGGCCAGGGAGGUGAUCAAUGCCUGUUUAAGAAAGGGGGCAGUCCCUUCCUGUUUGAAAGAGGCAGUGGUAAAACCACUCAUUAAGAAACCUUCCCUGGAUUCAGAAAACAAUGUAACUACCAGCAAGUUGCUAAUCUUCCUUUCCUAAACAAGAGGUCGCAGACCAGAUCUAGGUGCUUUUGGUAGAAACUGAUUUUCUGGAUCCAUUUCAAUCGGGGUUUAGGCCUGGUUUUGGCACAGAAAUUGCCUUGGUUGCCCUUUAUGAUGACCUCUGUUGAGAGAGAGACAAGGGAAACAUGUCCCUGUUAAUUCUUCUCGACCUCUCAGCAGCUUUUGAUACCAUGGACCAUGGUAUCUUCUGGAGCGACUGUCCAAACUAGGGUGGGUGGCACCGCUUUGCAGUGGUUCCAGUCCUACUUGGAUGGUCGUUCCCAGAGGGUGUUGCUUGGGGGAUGCUUUUCAGCCCUUGGAACCUAAAGUGUGGGGUUCCGCAGGGCUCAAUCCUAUCCCACACGUCGUUUAACAUCUACAUGAAUCCACUGGGUGGGGUUAUCCGGAGAUUUGGAGUACAUUGUCAGCAGUAUGCUGAUGACACUUGGCUCUAUUUCUCCUUUACAUCUGCAGGUGAGGCAAUGGAAGUGCUGGAUCAGUGUCUUGACUCGGUAAUGGACUGGAAGAAAGCCAACAAACUGAAACUAAAUCCAGAUAAGAUUGAGGCACUGUUAGUGGCUGGUUCCCUAGACCAGAUGGCUGGGAGGUCACCUGCUCUUGAAGGGGUUACACUUCCUUUGAAGGAGCAGGUUCGUAACUUGGGGGUACUCCAGGAUCCUUUGCUGUCGCUCGAGGCUCAGGUGGUCUCUGUGGCCCAGAUUGCCUUCCAUCAGCUUUGGCUGGUGGCCCAGCUACUCUCCUAUCUGGACAGGGAUAGCCUAACUAUUGUUGUCUAUGCUCUGGUUACUCCAAGGUUAGAUCACUGCAAUGCAUUAUACGUAGGGCUGCCUCUGAAGACGGUUCGGAAACUUCAGCUACUGAAGAAUUCAGCAGCCAGGUUGCUCACCGGAGCAAGACAGUUUGAGGAUAUUACACCGAUCCUGGUCCGACUGCACUGGCUACCAAUUAGUUUCCGGGCCCAAAUCAAAGUGCUGGUUUUGACCUAUAAAGCCUUGACCACAAUACCUCAAGGACUGCCACUUUCCAUAUGAACCUACCCAGAUCCUGAGAUCAUCUUCUGAGGUCCUUCUUCAUGUGCCUCCUUCUAGAGCGGUCUGGAGGGUGGCAACACGAAAACGGGCCUUCUCUGCAGUGGCUCCCCAUCCGUAGAUUGCUUUCCCCAGAGAAGUUCACCUGGCACCUUCAUUAUACACUUUUAGGCACCAGGCAAAAAAGUUCCUUUUUAACCAGGCCUUUGGUUGAUUUGACUGAUAUCCUAUGCCCUUUUAAAAUGUGGGUGUUUUUUGGAGGGGCAGUUAUUGGGUUGUUUUUAUUUCGAUUACAGUGGAACCUCAGGUUACGUACCUCUUUGGUUGCAUAUUCUUCAGGAUACACACGCAGCGAACCCGGAAGUAACAGGAAGGCUUUCGGUGGCCACACCUGCACAGGAGCGGGCUCCUGCCGGCCGCACAUGCGCAGAAGCAGGCUACCACCGGUCACGCAUGUGCAGAAGCGGGCCACCACCCCAUUCGCAGAAGUGGGCUACUGCCCCGCGCACAUGCGCAGAACAGGCACAUCUGGAUACAGAUUUUUUGGAGUGCACACGUACCCCUGGAAUGAAUUAAAUUUGUAUCCAGAGGGUCCUCUGUAUAUAUUUUGUGCUUUUAUAUUUUGAUUUUGUUCUGUGAACCGUUCUAAGGCUUCUGGGUAUAGGGCAGUAUAUAAAUUCAAAGAAGAAGAAAAGAAGAUGAC